GUUCCUUCCCUCUCUCCCCUUCCUUCACAGUUCGGCAGCUGGGGCGACUCACCUAGCGCGGCCCCAUCCGACAAUCGACAGCCGCGGCGCAAAGAGUCAUCUUCUGAGAGGUCUCAUCUCGCGGGUCAUGCAUGCCUGACCAGCCCACCCAUCGAUGCGGCGGCGUCCACAGCGGAUCACACCCCUGUUAGUGGUGGCCACCCUGCUCAUAUUUGUCCAGCCAUCCAUCUGGCGAGGCGUGCGUGGCGAGGUCGGCAGCAAGGAGGAGAGGCAGCGGGGCGGCCGACGUUCCAAAGAGAAUGGCGGCGGCAAAGAGCUGCUCGAGAGGCGGGACAACAAGAGGACCGAGGCGACCAAACACACAGCACAGCAGCCGACCGCUCCCACCAACAACGUGAGCAACCAGACACAACGGGCAGCUGCCGACGGUGGCGGGGGUGGGCGGAGUGCUGCCAACAGCACCAACAGCACCAACACCACUGCCAGCACCAACGCCACUGCUGCGAAGGCGCAAGAAGCAGCAGCAAAGAAGAAGGCGGGCAUCGUUGCCGAUGACGAUGGCGGCAAGAUAUCGCUUGAGGCGGUGAUCGACCCGCCCGGGGGAGACCAGAAGGCCGAGAAGAUGGGCCACAGGGGCGGCCGGCUGUUCAACGGUCCCAUUCUGGGAGGCCGCUUCGACGAUGACGGGCCAGAUGAGCCGGAGACCGCCGCGUACCAGGACGACUACUAUGCUGACACAGACCCUGCCAUGGAUGUCGGGCACAAGUAUGACAGCCACUACACAUACGACGACACUCAUCCCAUGCUGCCCGACCACCACACGUCGCACAAGAAGAUCUACUCGACCACCGAGAUGGACGCCUACUACCCCGACGAACACAAAGAUGGCUUCGACGACUACGGCUACGACCACAAGAUGGACCACCACACGGAGUGGGUGGAGGUGCCCGGCAAGCACCACAAGGGCAAGGAGCACGUCUACGAGGUCCAUCCCAGCCCGGUCCGCAAGACGCCUCCGCCCCCUCCACCCAUCCCAGAGGCCACACCGCCCCAAGAGAAGCCCACAAAGAAGCCGAAGCCCAGCGGGUCUGAGGAGAUUCUGGAGCAGGCCCAGCCGGCGUGCUGCGUCGACGCUGAGAUACGGCAGUACAAUUGUCCGUUCGCUUGCUGUACGGUCAAGGACGGUCACUUCGCUGACAAGGACGUCUGGGACUGCGGACGGGUGGGCAGAUGCCAUGGCAACACACACGCCACCAACACACACGACACACACAUGUAUGCGUUGGAAUGUUUCAGAUUCCGAACGAGCUGGAUGCGGCCUUUGUGCGUCACGUGAUCCGGCUGACCGACCAGGUGCCCCAGUCCUUCAAGACCGACUCACAGCAGGUGGACAUCACCGUCAGGGCCCUUCACGUCAUCAACUCGCAAGAUCCUUCCCUCACCGAAAACGGCACCAAACCGCAAGUGGGCUUCCUCCGCGCCGGCCUGCCAUCGGGCGACCUCUGCGGACCAGCCGACGGCGAGGGCGAAGGGAAUGGACGGUCCCCACCCCCUGUGUGCCCCGAGCAGCUGUCGGCUAUGCAGAAGGCAUUUGCUCGUCUGCUGCCCCCCGACUCGCCCACCGCGACGCCCACGCAGCUGUGCAAGGCCUUCCUGGGCGGCAGCAGCUUCAAGCAGACGGACUUCGGCCUGGCCUCGACGGUGUUUUUGAACAUCCAGCCGGCACCCACGAGCAACGGAACCACCCCGACGGGCAUGGCGGGAAUGGCUGCCAGUGCUGAGCUGGCCAUGAUGGCUCAUGCGUCUCCUUCCGACGUCACGGGCAAUGAUGGUGGCCACAACAGCACCGACGCGAGCAAAGACAGAAGCACAAACACGAGCGACGCGAGCAGCAAGCGGGAGUUGGCGGUGGUCCUUGACGGCGACAAGGCCAUCUCGAUGGCUGGGGUGCACGUCGGCCACAGCAAGCAGUACACCAAGAAGAAGAUCCUCCCCGUCCGCGACAAACAAAUCGGCGAACGCAAGAUCCGCACCACGCGCAGGGAUCCGCCCAAGCCACGCGUGCCUGAGGGCGCACCCGAACCUGCCGACGAUGAGCCGCCCGACGAGCCUUCCCCCAAGCCCACACCAGCAGCCGAGGAGGAUGUGUUGAGUGAUGUGAUAGGGGAGGGGGAGCCCGAGGGGCCGUCGGUGCUCGUGGUGGAGCUGGGGGCUGCACUCAUCUUCUUCGGCAGGUGAGUAGUGGACAACGCACAGAGAGGGGUGGAGGAGGAAGGAGGGAGAGACACGACGUAUGUGUGUGUGUUGCGUCUGUCUGUCAGUGUGGCGACGGUGGUGGAGGGCCCCGUGAGCAACCAGGGAGUGCUGUACAUGGACGAGGCACUCGACCGGCCGGGCUGUGUGACCCAGCUGGGGCCCAGCCCCUGCCGGGUGCCCUCCCUGUCGGCCUACGGCAGCAUCAUCGCCACCGAGCCCAUCCGUGCGCUGUGGCUGCAGAUCGGGGUGGGGGCGCUGUCACCCCCCACUCGUGAGGUGUGGGAGGGGGUGGUGGAGUGGGGCAACGACCUGCCCAAGAACCAGUUCAGCCAGAUAUCCUUCUUCGGUGACAGUGUCGUGCAGACCAUCAGGCCAGGAACGGCAUUCUCAUUUCGGUGAGAGGUUGGGCGGAGGGGAAGGUGCAGAUUAGGCACCACUGCAUGUGUGUGGGUGUGUUUGCGGUGUGUGUAGGAGGAUAUCAUUCCCCUUCAGUGACACCAACUCGACGAGUGUGGCGGUGCCGUCAGGUGGGCAGAGUGCGGGCCUCGUCAUCUAUGUGGAUGUCUUCGACACUGACGGCUUCGUCGGAUGCUGCGAAGGUGAGUGGGGGGCAGACACAUGCAGACGUCGCACGACAUGUGUGUGUACGCCUUUGUGUGUGUGUGUAUGUGUGUGUGGUGCAGACGUGUUUGUGGACGCCGUGGCUCAGUUCGACGUCAGCGGAGUGCCGCUGCGUCUCGCGAGAUACCACAAUCUGCAGAAGGACAUCGGCGAAAGAAUCGGGCCGGCCGUAAGCAAAUAUGAUUGAAACGGAGAAGCGCUGCGGCACUCACCUCACCCACCGCGUUGUGUUUGCUCCACCCAUUCCCCUACCAGAUAUCAGAGCAGGUGGUGAUACGUGGCGACGUGAUCGUCACCGACCAGUCAUUCGCUGGCCUACCAGCAACCAUCCCAUCCAGCAGAGUCCGGCUGGUAUAUGCGCUUGGCCACCACACACGCAUCUGCCAUGCCAUGCCAUUCUUACACACCUGCCUUGUGUGUCCUUGUGUGUCGUGUCAGACGAACGAGGAGCGUCCUCAGAUGAUCGGCGGCCCCAACCGAGACAUCUUGUAUUUCCAGUGCCGGCAGACGUGCACCAUCACGCAGCAGGCAUUCGCCAACACGGGCGGCGGACAAAGCGCAUUCGUCGAGGUCAGCAAAGAGGUCGCUCGGGAGAGGGGCACGGAUCAUGUGCCUGUCUCUUGCUCUCUCUCUGUGCGUGUGUGUGUGUGUGAGCAGAUAGCGCUUGAUCUGCCUCGCGACAGGGUCGUGUUGGCAUAGAGAGACAUCAGGUGUCUUGUGGCACGUUGACGAAUCGCAGGGAUGGGGGGUACAGGCAGGCAGACAUGGGGGGGGUACAGGCAGGCAGACACCUUCAGGCAGCAUGACCCAUGUAUGUGUGUACAUAUGUGUGUACUGACUGCACUUUGUUGCUCUCCGUUGUGUGUACAUCGAUCGCUACGUGUGUACGUUUUUUCCCCACCCACCCAUGGCCACCCAGUGAGUGCGUCCAUGCCAUGCGUGUGUCGAGGUCUGUGUGCACUCUGUGUAUAUGGCGCUCUCCUUUACUUAGCUCUCCCCAAAGUGUGUAUCUCUCUGCACACACACACUCACACGCACAUACAUCACAUCUACACAUUUGUCUGUCCACACUUCGGUAGCCAAGUGCAUAUGAAUGAGUGCCUAAGGUGUGUGUAGUGCUCGCUUUCUGUAGUCAGGUUGCGUACUCGUCUAGGUUGGGUGGUUGGCUGGCCGCUACAGCUCACGAGGGCAGAACCUCAGUGUGAGCUCCCCAGCCCCGUUCACUAAGGCUUUGUAGUCAGGUUGGUUACAUAGUUACGCACGAACUUAUGUGUGUCAGUUUGUGUUGCAGACAGGGAGGUCAUUAAUUGUGGAUGUGGACAGG